AUGUUCUGUCAAGAUACGCUACGAUUACGAGCAACACUCGGUCUAACUGUUUACAGUUGUUUCGCCCUUUUGAUGGAUGAUUUAGUGGAUGACGAUCUUACAGUAAUUUUUGUUGCCGAUACCAUCGGUCGUGCACUAUCUGCUGUGUGCUUAGCAUUUUCGCUGUUUGUGUUCACAUUCUUCAGAUCUCUCAACAGUGUACGAAAUACUAUUCAUUGCAACCUGUGCUUCAGUCUGCUUGUUUACAAUCUUUUGACUUUGAUUGGAUUAAUUCCCAUUGAGAAUCGUGUAUAUUGUACAAUAGUGGUGAUGCUGGACCCUUACUCUGAUAUAGCAGUGUUCUGCUGGAUGCUGAUAGAAGGCUAUCAGCUGUACUUGUCGUUGGUCCAAGUGUUUGAUUCCAACAUAACACGUAUCUUACCAUACUAUUUAUUUUCGUAUGGUUUUCCAGCCGUCGUUGUAGGUGUGAUAUUCAGUUGGGAGGGCUAUGAACAUGCUCAAGACUGCUCUCGGGAGAACGUGUCAACAGAAGCAUAUAUGGCUCUCUUGGUACCAGUUUUUAUAAUUGCUUUGGCAAAUGUAAUCAUCCUUGUUAUUGCACUGAGAGUGCUUUCAGCGUUAAAUACUCGUGAACGUAGCAGGAAAGACAAAAUGUUCCGGUGGCUAAAGAGAUCUGCCACACUAUUGUGCCUAUUAGGUGUCACACACUUAUUCUAUUUCUUGUGGAUACUUUACACCCCCUUCUGGGAGGUGUUUGCUUGGAUGAAUGUUGUCUUCAAUAGCUUACAGGGUGCCUUCAUCUUUAUCCUGCUUGUAGUUCUCAACGAAAAUGUUCGAUCAACUGUAGUACGCUGCCUGCGCGACAAGAUUAAAUCUGUUAAUAGCAGCUCGGUAGCCAGAACGUCUUACGGAGAUAAACGGAAGAUAAGACCGUUAUCGUUACUGCAGUUUUCACGAAAUUUGAAAGCAAAAGCUGAAGAACACGACCAAUGCGCGAGAAAAGCACAGCUGGGUUCUGAAGAUCCCUGCGCUUUAGCAAAUUCGAGUGGUAGAAAACACGACGCAAAUAGCAGCAGAAUUCCAUCUGCAUAGCGGUUUUUCAUUCCUGGCUCGCUAGAUUUGAACUGAUAUGGUUUUCUUAUGAUCGUGUCCUGUGCCGAAAUGAUGGAAAACGAUUUUUCAACAUAAAU